AAUACUUCAAAAUCCAUCUGAAUCUUUUGCCGUCAUAACUGUACCCAUUCAGAGCAUAUUCGAGCGUAUUACACGAGGAAAUGAGGAGGAACUUCAAAAAUUGCACAAACUUUCGAUUCGUAAGCACAGCAAUGAAACUCAGCCUCCAGUAUCUCGACGGCCAUUCGUUGCAGAGCCAAGUGGACGGAACUUCAAAAAAUUGAAUCACAAGUUCAAGAAAUUUCUGUUCGACGGCGAUAUCAUCAUCAGCCAUUCCCUUCUACGUGAAAUUGUGAAGGAAUCCGAGCAGGAGUACGAGCGUUCCCGAAUACGGCGAUGGGCAUAUCGUGACUUCUUCUACCCGGAAACAAUAUGGCAAACUGGUGUUCCUUACGAGUUUGAUGAGGAUCUUCCUGAUGUAGCAAUAGCAAGUCUCCUGGAAGCGAUGGAGUUCUGGCAGAGUAACACCUGUGUGACGUUUCGACCUCGAACCAAUGAAACUCAAUACAUCCUCUUUACUGGUGAACCUUCCUUUUUUAGGAUCUCUUUUCUCAGGGAACUGGUGAAUUGUACAAUUGCAGGCGCUUUGGACAUGUGUUCGUCCACGGUAGGAAGGGAUUUGAGACAAGGACAACAACUUGUUUACAUAGGAUCAGGAUGUUAUGCGUUUGGAGUGACCACCCAUGAAAUCGGUCAUGUCCUGGGUUUAUUCCAUCAUCAGCAGCGUUACGAUAGAAAUGAGUAUGUAGCAUUUGUGCAAGCCAAUGUGCCUGAGUCGGAUUGGGGAGAUUUUGAGACGAUAUCUUCGACUUUUCUGGACACCUAUGGUCUUCCUUAUGAUGUUGGAAGUGUGAUGCAUUACGCUCCGACAGAGUUUGCACGGAAUGCUGCUUUCCCUUCUCUACUAGCCCUGAACGAAGAGCUUCAAGGGACUAUGGGUAAUAUGGAGGGACCAUCUUUCCUGGACGUGGAAAUCAUCAACAGACAUUACCAGUGUUCUGCAAUUUGUAAUCGUUCCAAUGUUGAGGCGCCGAGAUGUCUGAAUGGAGGUUAUACGGAUCCACUGAACUGUACUAUAUGCAAGGUCCAUCUCAGCGUCUCCUCUAAUGAAACCCUUUUCAGAUGUCCUUCCGGCUUUGGUGGCAAUCUCUGCCAGGACAUUGCCUCUUCGGCCCCACUGAAUUGCGGCCGAGUACUUUCGGCUACUUCGAGAUUGACACGGCUCAGAGUACGAAUGAUCAUCGGACCUGUCAGACGGCAAUGUGUCUACCACAUUCGAGUACUGACUGGUACUACUCUUUUGAAAAUUGUUGAUCUUAUCUUAUUAAAUGGUAAAAUGAUCAACGAAUUUGCUAAAUGGGCACCACCGAAUCGUAGGAUCAUGAUCGGAAUCCAAAACGUCGAAGGAAAAUGUCAGGAGGGAUGCUACACAAGGGCUGUGGAGGUGAAAAUGAACGGCGACUUUCGUCCAGUAGGUUACAGUAUAGGUGGCAGUUACAGGUACUGUUGCCAAUCACAAUCAUUUCGUCGAUUGAUCUCAAAAGGACGGAAUGUUCCGGUCAUUUUCUUCGCACAAAAUGGAACCCUCGAUGUAACACUGUACUUCAGAUGGGGUAGCCUAACCCGUUUUUUUUGUUCGGGAUCCAAUCGAGAUGGACCUUUUCCAGUUGUUCUAACACCUGAUGCAGAAGAUGCCACUUAUCUGAAUGCAACAGAACUUAUGGAAGUUUACAAACUAACGGAUAGUUACGGUAUGGAUAUGGAGAUAUUAAAGUUACCAGAAGGCAGUGGUAUGGGAACUCCGGGUGGAACGUUAGGAGACAAUGUUUUCGAUGGAGAGACAAACGACGGUCGAUUUCAAAGGCAGACGGUAUCCUACCAGUUACAUUAA